AUGCCCUUGAACCUGGGGAACAGCUCCGGCCGGAGAAAUCGAGGGUUUCUCGGCGCCGACAGCUCUGCCUUGUCGUCCCAAGACGUCCAGGAUCGACAUCAGUUGCGCUACGAGCUUGACCUCAACUCUUGGAACCUCCGCAUCUGGGGCGUUGCCGCCUCGGGCUUCCUGACCGAUUCAUACAACCUCUUCUCUUCCAACGUCAUCCUUGCCUCUGUUGCCUUUGUAUACUGGCCUCACGGAGGAGAGUGGACUAGCCUCCUCAUCAACUUCUUUACCCUUUUUGGGUCCAUCGUGGGACAGGUCCUCUUUGGCUACCUCGCCGAUCGCUUUGGUCGUACCCGUCUCUAUGGAAUCGAGCUGGUCCUCGUCAUCGUCUCAACCAUCGGCGUAGCUACCAGCAGCCAUGGCUACGGAGACAUGUCGUUCCUCGGCUUGUUCAUCUGGUGGCGCUUUGUCAUGGGCAUUGGUAUGCUUCGUCUCCCCCUCCCCCCUUUACGCCCGUCACUCACCAUUCGACCAGGCAUUGGAGCCGAAUACCCCUUGAGCGCAGUCAUAACCUCUGAGUGGUCUAGCACUCAGUCCAGAUCGAGCAUGCUCGCCAGUGUCUUCCUCAUGCAGCCUGUUGGACAAGCCCUGGCUCAGAUUAUUGGCUUGCUCGUCCUGAUAGGGUUCAACAACACGCACCACCUUAGGGAGAUGCGAUGUGGGCUCGACUCCCUGCAUGAAGAGGAGUGUCGCCGAGCAGUUGACGGCAUCUGGCGCAUCGUCAUCGGGUCAGGCGCCGUGCCCGCUCUCCUGGCCAUCAUUUUCCGGUUUUUCUUGUUCGACUGCGGUCUCUACAGUCUCGAGGUCAAGAACAAGCCUGCUGUUGCCAUCAUGAACACGCAACGUGUCUACGGUGCCCCAUCCGGCACUACCUCCAACAAUGUCCAAAUAAACCCUCCCAAUGGCAUGCACCCUGAAAACUCCCCCGGGCCAAUGCCCAUCCAGUUUUCCAGAGAAGAUCUGCACAACUACUUCAUACGAGAUGGCAAUUGGUACUAUCUCCUCGGAACAUCGGCGGCAUGGUUCUUUUUGGACGUCAGUUUCUACGGCCUCUCGCUCGAUAACCGAGGAACCCUGGCCGACAUGUGGGCUACGACGAAGCCAGCCAAAAUCAACAGCCAGCUUUCAUGCUGGAACUCGUCGCUGCCGGGGGGGAACUCGACGGUGCCCGGCUGGGUGACGUCCGGGCUCCCUGCCUGGCAAACGGACAAGACGGAGCCGUGUAACACCAUUUACGACGUGCUGAUACAGCAGACCAAGCAAUACAUACUCACUGUUUCCUUGGCUUCCAUUGCCGGGAGCGCGUGCUUCAUCUUUUUCGCGAACCGCAUCCCGCGCAAGCAAUGGCUUACCAUUUCCUUUUUCGUCUUGGCCAUCCUCUUCAUCAUUACGGGAGGCGUCUACUACGGCGUGCACCAGGAGGCGGCUGCCCCUGCGACGGUCGUGUUUGUGGCCAUUUGCCAUUUCAUGUUCAACAUGGGUAAGAAGCUUCCAAGACAUCCAUCUACCAGCUCAAUGCUAACACGUUGCUCUUCUCUCCUUGUUCUAGGCGCAAACACACUGACAUUCAUCAUACCGGCGGAAAUAUUCCCCACCUGCUACCGAUCGACCUGCCAUGGCAUCUCAGCGGCGGCGGGCAAAUUCGGGAGCAUCGUCUCUCUACUGAUCGUAUACGGCAUCAACCAGUCGUACAAGAGCGACAGCCGCCAGGGCCUGGUUUUCCUCCUCUUCGGCUCCGUGGCCGCCUUUGGCGCCGUCUUCUCCUGGGCCUACCUGCCCGAUCCACAGAGAUGGGUCGACGACGGCCAAGGCAAGAAGUAUCUCGAGACGAAAGAUCUCGAGGAGCUCGGCGAGGGCCGCGUCAGGGCCCGGCAAAGCGGAGAUGUCGUCACGUUUGGCGAGAAGUGGGCGGAUAUCAGGAGGCGGAGGAGGGACAACCAACAUCGCCGCCCGUCUUCAUGA